CUGCAGCCACAACUCGCCGGACAGGAAUGACGAAAAGGCCAUGAAAAGAACAAAUGCAUGCUAAAGUAUUCCUAAAACAAGGCCGGACGUCUCUUAAUACCCUACAUCGAACGUUUCCUCCUUUGCAUCGCCCCUUCUUACCCCGCACUAUAGCAAUCAUGUCUCCCGCGCAGAAAGACCAGAAGAAUCCUAAGUUCGGACAUCUACCUUUGUCAACGUCUGGACCACAGGAAACGGUUCUAACAGGCAACGCUUUAUUGCGCACACCCUACUUUAACAAGGGCUCGGCUUUCACCAACGAGGAGCGAGAUACCUUCAAACUUCACGGCCUGUUACCUUCAAAUGUUCAGACACUUGAUGAGCAGGUCCGCAGAGCGUACGCCCAGUUCCAGUCGCGACCCGAUGACCUGGCCAAAAACACCUUCAUGACGAGCAUGAAGGAGCAGAAUGAAGUGCUUUACUACCGGUUGGUUAUGGACCAUAUGAAGGAAAUGUUCUCCAUUAUCUACACCCCAACAGAAGGCGAUGCUAUUGCAAACUACUCUGGGCUGUUCCGAAAGCCCGAAGGAUGCUACCUCGACAUUGAGCACAUGGAUCGGAUAGAAGGCGACGUUGACCAGUUUGGAGGAAAGGACGACGUCGAUGUGAUUGUGGUCAGCGACGGAGAGCAAAUUCUCGGUAUUGGGGACCAGGGUGUUGGUGCUAUUCUCAUCAGCGUGGCGAAGCUUGUCAUCUACACCCUGUGUGCAGGCAUUCACCCGGAUCGUACGCUUCCCGUGGUCCUGGACUGUGGUACAGAUAAUGAAGACCUCCUCAGCGAUGAGCUGUACCUGGGUUUGCGACAAAAGCGGGCCCGUGGUGAUAGGUAUGACGAAUUUGUGGACAGAUUCGUACAAGCCUGCAGGAAGCGAUAUCCGAAGGCUUACAUCCACUUCGAAGAUUUCGGCCUCACCAAUGCUAGGCGUAUCCUAGACAAAUAUACGCCGAAAAUAGCUUGCUUCAACGAUGAUGUGCAAGGUACUGGCGCCGUUACGCUAGCGGCCAUCAUGGCGGCUUUCAAAGAAGCUAAAAUUAAAUGGGCCGACGCUAGGUUCGUCAUGUUCGGCUCAGGAACCGCGGGUACGGGUAUCGCGGAUCAGAUAUCUGACGCGAUUGCGCAAGAGACGGGCAAGUCGAAGGAGGAAGCAAGCAAACAGAUAUGGUGUGUCGACAAGCCAGGGCUGUUGCUAAAAUCCAAGAAGGAUGAGCUUACCCCAGCGCAAAUUCCAUAUGCACGGGAAGAUGGCGAUUGGGAUCAGAAGGAUCAUGGCGAUUUGCUCUCCGUCAUCAAAGAAGUCAAGCCUCAUAUCUUGAUCGGUACGUCGACGAAACCCGGAGCGUUCACGAAAGAGGCCGUGCAGGAAAUGGCGAAGCACGUAGACCGACCCAUCAUCUUUCCUUUGUCAAAUCCUACGCGCCUACACGAGGCGAAGCCGCAGGACCUGUACGACUGGACAGAUGGAAAGGCGCUUGUGGCAACCGGAUCGCCUUUCCCUCCUGUGAAACACAAUGGCAGAGAAUACGAGAUAUCCGAGUGCAACAACUCCACCACGUUCCCUGGUAUUGGUCUUGGCGCGGUGUUGAGUCGCACUAAGCUACUUCCUCCUUCGCUGAUAGUCGCUGCGGUCAGAGCUCUGGCUGACAAAGCGCCAAUCUCUAACGGCACUGGGUCCGGCCUCCUCCCUGAUGUGACCGACGUGCGAGAUAUCAGUGUCCAGAUCGCGAAGAAUGUGAUUCAACAAGCCGUCAAGGAGGAUCUGGCUCAGGAGAAAGAUAUCCCUAGCGACGAUGCGGACCUUGAAGAGUUGAUCCGCGAGCAAAUGUGGGAGGCUAAUUAUAGGCCACUGAAGCUGGUCGAAGACGACGAAGCCGAUGCGUUCGCGAGAGGGGAAGCUGGGGCUGCGAGCCACCAGAGGACAGGAAGUGUCAACUGGACAGCAAGGCUAUGAUCUUUGAAGCGAACCUAUUUUCGUGGGUAUGCUUUAACCCUUUCUUUGGUUUCUCAUGUUCAAUCCCUAGCAUAAUUGUGCGCGCCUUAUAACAUAAAUCUACAAUUUUGGUUGACCAACGACCACGGCGUCCC